AUGGCUCCCUUAGCAACAGCUAUAAAUUACAAACCCUCAGCAUCUCAAACCUCAACUCAACAACACGCCUUCCUCAGCAACGAGGUCAACAGACGCGCCCCUCUACCUUCAGUUCUUGCUCCAAACCCACUACCAUCGAUGGCUUGCCCCACAGCAACAUCUCACCUCAUUGAAAUCCUCGGCCAGGGUGAAAAUCAAAGCCUACCUCUUCUUCCACGUCCCGUGACAAUAGUCCACUACGACGUCAAUGGCGCGCCCAUCAUCUCGCCUCACCUACCGGGAAUCGAUGAGUUCAUUCUGACUUCAGAGUAUACGCUGCAGCGAUUGGUGUUGCACAUCCAGAACGUGCUGGAUACGAAGAUGGACUUUAUGGAAGAGCAAGACCGGGGAAAUGAGAGACUUGCGUUGGGGCAAGUGAUUGGUGAUGCCAUAACGAAGGAUAUGAUGGACGAGAAGGGGAAGCUACUUGUUAGCAGUAUUGAGGUGAGAGGCGGUGGAGAGAGGUUCUUCAAGGAGUUCCCUGGAAUUAUGGGUGAGGUUGUUUGGGGUGGCCGUUUGAAAGGCGUGGCAAGUAGAAAUGAAAAUCCGAAUGGGAAGUACGAUGGCAGAGAGGCCGAGUAUGUGAUGUGGAACCGUGAUGGUGGUGAGCUACAGAUGUAUUGGGAUCAUUAUCGGAUGGUGGUGAUGAAAGGUAUUAUGCUUCAGGUUGAGAGGCCUAUUUUGAAGGUCAGGACUGUCCGGAGAGUGGCAACGGAGGGGGCUGGACUGGUCGCUGGUGGACACGUCUUUACUCGAAGCUUUCCGCCAGACGAGGAAACGAGCGCCGAUCUGUCCAAGGAGAGUGAGAAGGAAGAAGUUGCUGAUGGAACCGAGGAACCUCUUCAUCAGAGUAUACCCGACCUAUCAUCUCUCGACGCCCCAGAAUUCCAAGUUGUGAUGCUCUUUCAGGAGGAGCUGAAGCACAAUGACAAUCCGGAUCUGGAAUACAUCUACAACAGUUUCCUAGAACAAGGCGGCGAGCCAAUGAAGGAGCUUGUUUUCAAAGACAAGGAAGGAUACGGUAGAGUGGCCACAUGGGUAGAGCCUGAUGGCUUGAUCCCAGACGACGGUUCAGAUGUCGAGACUAUCCGAGCAAACCAGAGCCCGCGAGAGCUAACCGUCGUCAGUUUGAUAUUGCCAACAACUUACGAUCCCAAACUGAGGGCACAACUUGCGGAGGCCCUGGAAGCUGCAGUGAGUUUCGACCCGAAGGAUGACGCUAUCUUUUUCUCUUCAGGCCACAAACCACCAACAACUCGACCAAGAAAGAAAUUCCAACCGAGACGAAGACAAAACACAAUAAUCAACCUGUUUCGAAACCGUGUCCAAGGAACUUUGGAGAAUAAUUCGGGAGGAGGCAGCCUGAACAGCCAUGAUAUGGGCACACCUGGAAGCUCGAACUGGUGUUCCCCAUCAGGACCAGGUUAUCUUCCUAUGGUCAACAGCCCUACUCCCUCAACACCUUCAAACAUUGUACCAUCCCUAAAUAUGCAAUCGGCAUCAUCAACCCCAACGUUGGAUUCAGGCAGCAGAGUCGAGGCCCGUCGCACUUCUCCUCUUAGACGAUUAGCUACAACUAGUCAACUGAGGCCCGACUCUCCUAUAUUCAACUACCCCCAGGCAAAGACAAUCUCUAACUUCAAGACAACUAGUUUGGAUAUGGAUUUGCUGGGUUUAUUCAAUGGUAAUAAGACCCCGAAUGCUGUAAGCUCAGCGCCAGGAUCUGAUAUGGGCCGUCAAACCCCGGUGACAAACCCAAUGGUCACCUCUGCAGCACAUACAAGCAUCCAUGGUUCCCAAAACGAUCUAGGAACGGGCUUUAGUGCCACCAUGACACAAACUCCAUCCGGAGGGGCCGAGCCAAAUGUGAACUUUCAAUCCUCCCUUUCUAAUCAAAAUGCCACCCAGACAGAAAGCACAGACACCAGGGCAAGCUCGUACCAAUUAUAUCCAGAUCUGCAGCAAGGUCAGGGCAGUGGAUUUAAUCCUAGCAUGGUUCAUAAUCCGUUCGUUUUUAAUGACGACUUGUAUGGCGGCUACGUAGGCGCAAGCCCAAACGCUGGAAUGGCAGGGGAUCACCUAGUUGAUAUGAACUUUGGAGCUGGAGGAUAUCCUUUCGACUUCUCCGAUCCCUCCAACUUCAUUUUCAACAACGCGAAUUUUAUGAAUGGCUUUGGUGGCAGUAUGUAA